GUAACACAGACACAAACAAAACUUCACUCGCACAGCCACAGAUCUGAGCACGCUAUCACCCGACCGAGGUGUGCGCUACUUAAGUGUUCACUACUGACGGGCACCUGUUCUGCGAUUCCUUUACAGAGUAAAGAGGCAUAUACCUGUGCUGAUGCAUCACGGCUUCACUAUUUAAACUGGAAGUAAAGGUCUUCAUUGAAAGGUCUUCACAAUGAAAUUUGACGAUGUUUUUGAGUAUCUUGGGGAUUUUGGAACUUACCAGAAACGGAUGUACUUUCUGCUUUGCUUGCCUGGUGUCUUCACUGCACUUCAGAUAAUGGGAGCUGUAUUUACUCUCAACAUACCAGAACACAGAUGUGCAAUACCCGGGGUCAGCAACGACACAUUUAAGGUACAAGGACUUGACCAUGAGAUCCUCCUUAACGCCACCAUACCCUGGAAGACGGAGAAAGGCGUCAGCGUCAGGGACUCCUGUCUCAUCUACAAGGACGAUGUUCCGGCGGGUCAGAACAGAACAACCCAGGAAUGCAGCGCCUGGGUGUACGACAACUCCGUCUUCAAGAACACCGUUGUUACAGAGCUGAACAUGGUGUGCAACGAUAAGGGCCUGAGGUCUCUUGCCAACAGCAUUCUAAUGGCGGGACUUCUCUGUGGAUCGCUUGUUCAGGGCAUCGUCUCAGACCUGGUUGGGCGGAAACCAACUCUGAUGUUAUCCAUCCUGCUACACGUUGGCACAGGAGUUGGAACAGCGUUUGCGCCGAACUUCGUGGCUUUCGUCAUUCUCAGAUUCUUUAAUGGUGCUUCUGAUAUCGGCCUCUUCAUAUCAUGUUUUGUCAUCGUGAUGGAGCUCGUUGGUCCCUCCAAACGAACCUUAGCUGGUAUGGUCAUCCAGUUUUUCUGGAGCCUGGGUGUAUUCAUUGUGGGCGGUCUGGCCUACUUCAUCCGUGAUUGGCAUCAUCUCCAACUCGUCAUCUCCGUCCCAGCUGUGCUAAUGCUUGGCUUGUACUGGUUAGUUCCCGAGUCGCCAAGAUGGCUGCUGUCACGUGGUCGCGAGGAGGAAGCAGAAGCAAUCCUGAGGAAGGCGGCAGAAGUGAACGGCGUGACGCUUCCACCGAAGCUGUUUGACAAGGACACUCUGGAUGACGGUCCCCAGGCCAAGAUCACAGAGAUGUUCACAUCCCCAGUCCUCCUCGUCAGGACACUCAUCAUCUUCUUUAACUGGGUUGUUGUCGUCAUGGUUUUCUACGGUCUUGGUCUUAACGUUGGAAAUCUCGGCGGCGACAUCUACGUCAACUUUACCAUCGCAAGCAUCGUGGAGGCAGCAGCCUACGUCAUGUGUCUGUUUCUGUUGGACCGACUGGGCCGGAAGUUCCUACACUGUGGCAGCAUGUUGACAGGAGGGAUUGCUUGUAUUGCCACCAUCUUCCCUGUUUUGUAUGGAGGCCCAGACCUGGAAUGGGUAACAAUUACUCUGUCAAUGAUUGGUAAAUUUGGAGCGUCUGCUGCUUUCGCAGUUAUUUACAUAUUUGCUGCGGAACUAUUCCCUACUGUAAUGAGAAACUCUGGUAUGGGUGGCAGCUCCCUCUCUGGACGUAUUGGAGGAAUUGUGUCCCCUUACAUUGCUGAUCUGGGCACUCUUGUUGGUGGUGACUUCGGUAACGCACUCCCCCUUCUGGUGUUUGGUGCUGUGACAGUGACGGCGGGGAUACUCUCACUGUGGCUACCCGAAACACGGAAUCGAAAACUGCCGGAAACUAUCGAGGAUGCCAAAGUUUUCGGAAAGUCCUUGGCAAGCAUAUUAGGUUACAUCGGUCCCAGGCACGCAUACUUAACUGGGCUUUUGGAAGAAUGCCCUUCACCACAAGAGGACGAAACCUUCCACGCUUUUACUUCAGGAUUGAGUGGACCGCUGCACAGUUGCUCCCAGACGUUGACGAUGAAGUUUGACAACAUCUUAGAACAUUUAGGGGAGUUUGGCUCCUAUCAAAAACGCUUGUACCUGCUGGUGUGUUUAUCUGCAAUUUCCAUCGCCUUUCAGACGCUUCUACCUGUGUUUUACCUGGCCGUUCCGGAUUUCAGGUGUGCAGCUCCAGGCCUAGCUAAUGAUUCUUACAAGAGUCAAGGCUCGGCUCAUGACGUCAUCAUCAACGGUUCUGUUCCCUGGGAACGUGAUGACGAUGGCGUAACGAUGCUAUCAAAAUGCAACGUGUACUCUAACUUGACAGCGGGCAACGAGACACGACAGUGUACAACCUGGGUGUACGACGAAACCACUUUCACGUCCACAGCUCUGGCAGAAUUCAACAUUGUGUGCAGUGACAAAGGGUGGCGAGCCACAUCCAACUCAAUCAAUUUCGCAGGAAGCCUGUGUGGAGCUUUCUUCCUGGGAUUUCUAUCAGAUUUGAUCGGCCGAAAGAAGACAUUCUUUCUGAGCGCACUUUUCCACAGUGCAUCUGGUAUCGGGUUAGCCUUCGCCCCCAACAUUGAGGGUUUCAUAGCACUCAGGUUCAUCAACGGUGCUGCCAAUGCCGGCCUCUUCAUGUCAGCCUUUGUUAUCGGGGUGGAGCUUGUCGGGCCCUCGAAAAGAGUAAUUGCUGGAAUUGUCAUCGAACUGUUCUGGUGCCUCGGUCUGUUCAUUCUGGGAGCUGUGGCUUAUGGUAUUCGGAACUGGCAACACCUUCAGCUGGUUCUCUCUGUGCCAUCUGUGCUAUUGCUCUUCAUGUGGUGGUUUAUUCCCGAAUCUCCAAGAUGGCUGCUGUCACGUGGGAGGGACGCUGAAGCUGAACAGAUUAUCCGGAAGGCGGCAGAAGUGAACGGCGUUGACCUUCCUCCCAAACUAUUCGACAAAUCAACAGUGGACCUGCAGAACCAGCCCAAAGUCAGGGUGUGGGAAAUGUUCACAACGCCAGUUCUCCUCAUAAGAAGUCUCAUCAUCUUCUUCAAUUGGUUUGUGGUCAGCAUGGUGUACUACGGUCUUGGCCUGAACGUACAAAACCUCAGCGGAGACAUCUACCUCAAUUUCACGAUUGCUAACAUCGUGGAAACAUUGGCCUACGUACUAUGUAUUUUCCUCCUCGAUCGUGCUGGAAGAAAGAAACUGCAUUGUGGGAGCAUGAUGCUGGGUGGUAUCGCGUGUCUGGCGACCAUGUUUCCUGUAAUGUAUGGCAACAGCUCCCACACCUGGAUUACCACAGCACUGUCAAUGAUUGGGAAACUUGGUGCUUCUGGAGCCUUUGCCAUCAUAUACGUAUUUUCUGCCGAACUGUUUCCAACUAUUGUCAGAAACUCUGGAAUGGGUUCUAGCUCCGUAUUUGCACGUGUAGGGGGAAUUAUCUCCCCUUUCGUUGCUGAUAUAGGCUUACUUGUUGGAGGCAACCUUAAAACAGCUCUUCCUCUUAUUGUGUUCGGAGCUGUGAGUGUGGGUGCGGGACUGCUCUCACUUGCACUUCCGGAAACCCUCGACCGAAAACUUCCCGAAACAAUCGAAGACGCCAAAGCAUUUGGAAGGACCAACAACAGGAGAGAAUACAAUCUGGACACGCUUGAAGAUAUCAAGUCGGAUGAUAAACAAGCUAAUGAGUUUAAGAAGACAUACGACCAAAAGUUCUAAUCUGAAAAGACAGAUAAGAGUGACUGCUUGACACUUCACCCCUUACCGUGUAGCAAAGGACAGGAUCGAAGACUGGUAACGAGAAUGCGGCGUUACAGUUGCCGACUGAUGCGUGAUAUAUCCGAUGAUCAUGAAACAAAAGUGAUGGGUAUUUCAGUGGCGUGACCGCUGACACUGUUAUUGCGUUUUGUGUGAAAAACCUUCCUGAAAUAUACUGUUCUUUUAUCAGA